AUGGAUGAACUAUUCGUAGCUAUACUAUCGAUGCUUUUUCUCGCAGCACUAGUUCCUCUCUAUCUAUGGAAGCGCCAUCACGAUUCUCGAUCUUCCUCUUCCAACCAAGAACCUCAACAGGCUCCUCAGAGAGAAACCGUGGUUCGUGCCACCGCUACUCGCCGCAUGCGUCGACGACCAGCUGCAUCUGGAGCUAGCACUUCGUCGGCUCAGCCUGCAACGCAACAAGAGUCUGCAGAUGAAAGUGACAAUGAAGCUGCUGGUGAUGACUAUGAGGCCAGAGCAUCAAAGAAAAAAGAAAUCAAAAGGCAAGAGAGGGAAGCUCGGCGGCAGGCUGAAGAAGCUAUGCGAGAUUCAAAGCAGUCCAAACAGGAUCGUUAUUCAGAAAUGCGGAGGUUGAAGGAUGAAGAGCGUGAGGCACAGGAGCGUAAGUUGGAAGAGGAAGCCAAAGCUCAAAAGGCUAAGGAAGAGGAAGCUGCUGCAUUUGAAUUUGAGAAGUGGAAGGGCGAAUUUUCAGUUGAUGAUGAGGGUACACUUGAAGAGGAGCAGGAUAAAACUGAAGACUUGCUUGCCAACUUUGUUGAAUAUAUAAAGAAGCACAAAUGUGUCCCCUUAGAAGAUCUUGCUGCAGAAUUUAAAUUGCGUACACAGGAAUGUAUCAAUCGCAUUGCAUCUCUCGAAAGUAUGGGCCGGCUUUCGGGUGUCAUGGAUGAUAGGGGGAAAUUCAUUUACAUCUCACAUGAAGAGAUGAAAGCUGUUGCUGAUUACAUUAAGCGUCAAGGGAGAGUUAGCAUUUCCCACUUAGCUAGUAAAUCAAACCAGUUCAUUGAUUUAGAGCCAAAGACUCAUUAUAGUGAGGACAUAAGUAACAUGGAGGAGAUAACUGUCAACUGA